CUCUUCCAGCUUAGUAGUAAAGUUUGCAGAUACUGAAAAAGAGCGACAACUAAGACGAAUGCAGCAGAUGGCCGGAAACAUGAGUCUUCUGAAUCCGUUCGUGUUCAACCAGUUUGGAGCUUACGGAGCAUACGCACAGCAACAAGCAGCUUUAAUGGCGGCAGCCACUGCCCAGGGAACUUACAUUAAUCCGAUGGCAGCUCUGGCCACUCAAAUACCACACGCCACCCUUAACGGUAUGGCCAACUCAGUUGUUCCACCCACAUCAGGGACGGGCUCAGGACAACCUGUAAAUGGCGCUAUUCCGAGUUUGCCUUCGCCCACAAUGCCCACGUUUAAUAUGGCUGCCCAAACGCCGAACGGGCAGCCGGCGGGUACCGAAGCCGUUUAUACGAAUGGCAUCCCCCAAACCUAUCCACCCCAUGCCCUUCAUCUCUCCAUUCCAGCGCAAGGGCUUCCGAAUGGGGAGGCGGCCCUCCAGCACGCAGCGUAUCCUGGGAUACAACCGUAUCCGGGAGUGGCUUAUCCUGCGGUAUACGGCCAGAUCCCUCAAGCUAUACCUCAACCAAUGUCUGCAGUUGUACCUACUCAAAGGGAAGGGUGCUCCAUAUCCGGGCCAGAAGGCUGCAACUUAUUUAUUUAUCACUUACCUCAAGAAUUCGGCGAUGCUGAACUGAUGCAGAUGUUCCUCCCAUUUGGAAACGUCAUUAGUUCUAAAGUGUUCAUCGAUCGCGCCACAAAUCAGAGCAAGUGUUUUGGAUUCGUGUCAUUUGAUAAUCCAGCUAGUGCUCAGGCGGCAAUACAAGCGAUGAACGGUUUCCAAAUAGGGAUGAAGAGAUUGAAGGUUCAACUGAAGAGGCCCAAGGACGCCAAUAGGCCCUACUAACCUUGGGCCUUUCAUUUGGAAGACACCUACGCCGUCGUCGCACAUCACCAGCCAAUAGUAUACUAACAAAACUUGAAGAAGAUGAAUUUUAAGUAUUAACAUAUUGUUACAAUUAUUAUUAUUCAUAAUUUAUUAUCGAAACCAAGAAGACGAAGCAAGCAGAGUACCCCGACGAAGAAGGCGAAGGAUGGAUAAAUAACGACAAAAAAUAAAUAAAUAAUAAGUGAAAACCAAAUAAAAACGGACAAAACGUAAACCAAAGGGAAAAAGGAAUUAUCGAACGUUUUGGAACAUGCCUAGAUCCUUCCAAACUUAAAACUACACACAUUGUCCCCUGAUUAGUUGAGAAAUUCCAAAUGGGCUGUGAUUAAAAACAAUUCAAUGUUUGAUUGUACAGGCCGUUUUGUCUUCUCGUACAUGAGGCGUAUUACUAUUUUCAGAUUUAAUCUUAUUGUACUCUAUAUGUAUUACGUGUUAAACUGUAAACAGAUAUAAUUAAUCUUCUAACAGGACAAUGUCGAAAAAAUAACGAUAACAUGGUAAAGCCGUACAGUGGGUCCGAACAAGAAAAUUACUCGAAUUUUUUUUUGAUUUCUUUGUACAUCAAGCGACUAAAAAAAUAAUGCUCCCAAAAAAAUUGCACACUAAUGCCAAAACGGUAAGUGCGUCAGAUUUUUUUAAGCAAUUUAAUUUUAUGACCUACCUACCUACUAAGUUAAUUAUAGUUAAAAAAAGUGACAUUUUU